CUGUAACCAUGGAGCAAUGGAACUUUUUUUUUUGGGGGGGGGGUCAUUCUUCUCCUUGCUGUUAGUCCAUCUUAUUCACUUUAAACAUAAAUCUCCUUCGGGGGUUUAUUUAGGCCUAAUGAAAUUGUAUGGCUGAGGUGCAUCAGUUAAAACAGAUGUAAGCUUUGAUCUGCCAUAACAUAUGGCUAGCUUGCAAAAUCUAUUAUUAAACGCUUGUGUGUGUGUUGUGUGAGUGAAAAUAUAUACUUUCCACACAACUUAAUGUAUUUUUUUCCCCCAUCAGUAUUCAGCAUUCAAGCAACGUAAAGGAAGUGACUGGUUUCACUUUCAGGAUUUCACCUAACAUUUGUCCUUUUCCCGUUAAGACUUUCCAAAGUAAUAAAACAUGGGCGGAGCAAGCAUCGAUUAGUCAUGAGACGCUUGCCUGUAAUUGGUGGAAUGGCUGGGAUCGGGAUGAGCUGCAGUGGCCAAUUAGAGUGCGUUUGGUGAACACCCGGGGUUCUGUAAAAAGGGGAGGUAAGAAGUGCCCUUUGAAGACCCCGGGAUAAGCAUUUUCACGUUGUAGUGAACAGUCAUACUUACAAACAGCAUUCUGAACAUUUACCACAAUACCUUUAUUCAUUCCCGGGUAAAUGACCUGCCACAUUCCUGUUGAGACUCCUGCUAUUCAUUCACAGCUUGGGGAAGUUUUUUCUCCUUGGGGUGCUGAGGAAUUAUCUGGAAUGUGUUUUGCGGCAAGAUAUUGAGUCCUCAUUUGAGAAAGAAACAUAUUUUUAUUUAGAGCUUUUGGACACUUCUUCAACCGCUUUCUACGCACGCCUACAGUUCACAUAUUUACUUUGCGCAUCGUUCCAUUCAUCGAGCCCAGGCUCGUGCUGUGAUGCUGUUGGAGGGAGGUCACCAGCAAUCAGGCUCAGGGGUCAGUGCGAGCGCGUUCCAAAGGCACCACUCAGCGCAUUCACCAGUCGAGAUGCAGGAGAGAGACCCCAGCUUUAUGGAGUCGGUCCACAUUGCCAGCCAGGGACCCGGGUAUGGCCCAUCCUACGCCAACUCCACACGGGACUUUAUCCUGCGUAACCGGGGAUUCGGAGACUCUUCCCCUGCCAGCGAUCAGCACUCUCUCCUCAGGACUAUGGCUGGGUCUCUCCAUCACUCACACGUAGAGGGCCAGGGCCACGGGCAUGGACACCUCCUCUUUCCCGGGAUGCACGACCAGCACCCCGGCUCUGCAAACGUGCUGGGCGGCCGGUUGGGACUACCAGGGGAGGUAUUCGGGAGAGCGGACCAGUAUCACCAUGUUUCCGGUCCAAGGAGCGACCCUUACGGCCAAUAUGGGGCCAUGGGUCACAACAUGGGCAUGGCAGCUCACCACCAUCAUCACCCAGCCGCGUUCUUCCGCUUCAUGCGGCAGCAGUGCAUCAAACAAGAGUUGAUCUGCAAGUGGAUAGACCCGGACCAGCCCGGUGGGGCGAGCCGGUGCUGUGGCAAGACCUACGGCACCAUGCACGAGCUGGUUACGCACGUCUCCGUGGAGCACGUCGGUGGGCCCGAGCAGAGUAGCCACACCUGCUUCUGGGAAGAGUGCCCACGCGAGAACAAAUCGUUCAAGGCCAAAUACAAGCUGGUGAAUCAUAUUCGGGUGCACACUGGAGAGAAGCCUUUCGCGUGUCCGUUCCCCGCGUGCAGCAAGGUCUUUGCGCGCUCUGAGAACUUGAAGAUACACAAGAGAACUCACACAGGGGAGAAACCGUUCAUGUGUGAUUUCUUCGGCUGCGACAGACGCUUCGCCAACAGCAGUGACCGCAAGAAACACCUGCACGUUCACACGUCUGACAAGCCCUAUCUGUGCAAGAAGUGUGUCAAGUCCUACACACACCCCAGCUCUCUGAGAAAACAUAUGAAGGUGCAUGAUUCUUUGUCAGUAGCAGACACUUCGCCCGGGGCCAGCAGCGGAUAUGAGUCCUCGACGCCCCCGAGUUUAGUGUCCCCUGCCUCGGAGACCCAGAGCAUCAUGUCCCCGGACUCUGCGGUCCUCGGUAGCGGACACAGCAACCUCUCGUCCAACUUCAGUGAGUGGUAUGUCUGAAGAUCACACUCAAGACUAACGGGAAAACGACGGCAAAAAAAUGAAGGAAAAACAGGCAACAAAUACAAUGAGCAUCUGACUGGCCUAGAUGGACGCUUUACGCGCGAUUGAAAUAUGAAACAAGAACGUUGCACUAAAACAUUGGAAGCCAAAGAAGAAAAUGUCUUAUGUAAAAAACAAACGUUAUUUUUCUUUCGAUGGUUGUUUAAUUAUCAGUCUUUCGUUGUCAUUUUGAGAUCGGUUAUUUUUAUAGUUGAUGGGGAGUUUGAGACUGAACAUGAAAUAUUUAAAAGUAUUUUAAACAAGUGCCAAAGUUAACCUUAGUUUAAUUGUGCACAUUUAAAAAAAAAUGGAAACAAGUUUUUGUUGAAGUUGAACAGGUUGACUUUGCGUUGUCCUCCAUCAACGACCUCUUGAGAUGCCCAGUUCAGACAUCAUUUAUAUAAAAAUAACGUCGCUGCGUUGUUUUUCUGUACGUCUAUUAUGUUAACAAACGUGUGAGUAAAAUGAAUCAGAUGUUUCAAAUGCCUGUCUUCAUUCCUUUUUAAAUUCGUGUCUCUCUGUAAAUGUUUUGCAUUAAAAGAAAGUUCAGUUUGAACGCUCCCUGCACCAAGAAGUAUGAUAUGGAGUAUGAUAUGGAAUGUAUACAAGUCUAAAUUGUAUAUGUACCCUACUGAUAUGUAAGAUAAUAAAUUACAU